CUAAUUUCCAAAUGGAAAAGAAAAGGCAAAAAAAUACAGGCACACACUUUUGCACAUUAUUUAUUGAGGAGACUUUGAGGGUCUAAACACAGGGCUAGCUGUUUUCUGAGAAUACUAUGAAUUGAAGAAAGCCUAAAAGGAGGGCUAAGGUAAUUAAGAAGAUCCUCAAUGGAAACGCUGAAGAUUCAACACCUUCAAGCUUUUAUUGAUGAUUCUUUAUGCUUAAUUAUUCAACCAGCUCAAAACUUCUGCUAUGCUUCUGUUUUGCAGUGACUGUCCAGAAUAUCUGAAAAGCCCUUUGAAUCUGUUUAAGAAAGCUACAUCAGAUCCUAGUCAGUGCUAGUUCAUCAUGUUCUUUGCAUGGCUUUCAUAGUAAAACAUUACUAGUAUUAUCAAGAAUACCUUUUUCUUUUAAUAACCAAUAUAAGUAAUGAUGUUUAAACUUUUCUCACAUUUUGUGCAAAAAGAUUCUAGUUUUUUAAAAUACAAAAUGCCCCAUGUGUGAAAAGUAGAUGUCAGUACUUGAGAGGAGGAAUGGGGGGCUGGUUGUACAGCAAAGGUAGCACUGGCUGGACCUCAAUUGGGAGUGAAGAACUUCAAGAAAAAGAUGUAUGGGACUGUUUCCAGCAUGAAAGGGUAAAAGAACUUAGCAGUUCCACUGUCCAACAAGAAUCUGCUGCCUCCAGUUGUGUCCUAAGGUUGAUGCCAACUGCAGCAAAAAUGAUCCCAAGAACAUCCUCCAACCAGAACCCACCACCCACUCAUGAACCCAAAAUCAUUCAACACUCAGCUCCAGUCAUCAUACCUGAUUGGUCAAAAAUAUAUCAAACUGGUUCAAACCAGGUCACUACUUACACCCCACCAUUUCUGAGUGAUAAUUAUGAUCAUAGUAGCCAAGCCGAGGAUGAAGGUUGUGGAUUCGUUAGGGGCGGUUGGGAUAGUGGCGGUGAAGACGAAAAAGAAGAUGAUGAAUUUGAUGAUGGCCUGAUACUGCCACCACAUGAAUGGCUUGGUAGGAGGAAGAUUUCAGGAAGCAAGAUAUUUUCUGUCUCGGUUUUUGAAGGUGCUGGGACGACCUUGAAGUGGAGAGAUCUGAGCAGACUUAGAAAUGCAGUAUGGACCAAAACUGGUUUUCUUGAAUUAUAACUGUAUAGGACAUUCUUUAUUUAUACCUUUUGUGAUUCCAUAGUAGUGAUGUUAAAUAUAGAAUUUGGUCCUAUGAAAACGUGGCAAGGGUUCUGUGUUAGUUUAUCAUCCUCCAAUGUUGGAAUUUCCAAUAUAUGUUUAACACCAUGUCUCAGUCAAAAUCAAGAACAAUACGUUCAAUUCUAGAAAAAAUAGUGUGUGAAUUCCGAAAUAAUAGCUUGACUGCAAAUUUUGUUUCUUUCCCUUUAGGGUUGGAAGAAAAUUUGUAGUGGCGGAUUAAGAGCAUCUCCAAUGGUUCUUUUUGAGAACUUACUUGUAAUUUAAAGGCUAAUAGUUUAUCAUUGGAGUAUUGUUUUUCCUUUUGCUUGAGAAAA